AUGCCUUCAGUGGUAGAAGCAAUAGCUUUGGCUGAAUCAGUAGAAAAAGUAACUGGAAUGGUACAAAUUUUCGGAGCUAUAGAUGGAACACAUAUACCUAUAUUACCACCUACUAAUGGAUAUCGUGAUUUUGUCAAUCGUAAAGGUUGGCCAUCUAUAGUUAUGCGAGGUAUUGUUGAUUGUAAUUAUUUGUUCAGAGAUAUAACAGUAAAGCACCCAGGUUCUGUUCACGAUGCUACUAUUUUAAAAGACUCCAAUAUAUUUAAACAGUCUAAAGAUAAAUUACCAUAUCAUUGUCGCAUUAUAUCUGAUUGCUCUAUUCAACUUAUGUUAGCUGGAGACCCUGCUUAUCCUUUAUUACCUUGGUUGCUAAAGGGUUACACAGGAGCUCUUACACCAGAGGAAGAGUCAUUUAAUACUUACCUAUCAUCUGCAAGAAUUUGUGUUGAAAAUGCUUUUGGCCGUUUGAAAGCUAGAUGGAGAGUGUUGUUGAAAAGAGCUGAUAUUAAUUACAAAUUCAUGCCUAGUAUAGUACAUAGUUGUGUCAUAUUACACAAUAUAAUUGAAACUUCAAAAGAUAAUUUCAAUCCAUGCUGGUUAAGAUCUGUCAAUGAAGUUAAUAUUGAAAGACCACAACCUCGACAAGUAACAGUUACUCGGGCUGAACCACAAGCAAAGGAUAUUCGUGAAGUCUUAAAAAACUAUAUGUAUAAUAACUAUCCAUUAAGACAAUCAUCAGUACAAAAUUAUGUAAGACAUACAGUUUAA